AUGAAUAGGCAUCCAAAGGAAAUAGGCAAGUCUCACCUCCUAUCACUUUUCGAUACGAAAGAUCCAAUAUGGGCGAUCACUACAAUUGGGUUUGUUCGAGGCAGAGCUAUUAGUAACUUUUCUACCCAAGGAAGGUUCCUUCACCAGGCGUAUGCACCGAAAGUACGAAUAAUUAGACCUGCUGCCAUUCUUAAAACGCACCUGUGUCACUACAGUUCAAAACUGCAACAAAACAGAUGCAUAAUGAGACCGAGGAACCCAUACCAUUACCGAUGGGAGGCCCACAAAAGAAAGCUAUGA